GGACAGGGAACGGCACCGGGACCGGGAACGGAACCGGGACAGGGAUAGGGAACGGCACCGGCACCGGGAACGGAACCGGGACAGGGAUGGGAACCGGGGACAGAGACAGGGGACAGGGACAGGGAAUGGAACCGGGGACCGGGGACAGAGACAGGACAGGGACAGGGAACGGGAACGGCACCGGCACUGGGACCGGGACCGGAACCGGGACAGGGAACGGCACCGGGAUGGGAACCGGGACAGGGAUAGGAAACGGCACCGGGAACAGGGGUCCGGGGACAGAGACAGGGGACAGGGACAGGGAACGGCACCGGCAUCGGCAUGGGAACCGGGACAGGAUAGGGAACGGCACCGGGAUGGGGACCGGGACCGGGAUUGGGACAGGGACAGGGAAAGGGAACAGCACCGGGACCAGGGACAGAGGACCGGGGACAGGGACAGGGACCGGGAUGGGAACUGG